ACACUCUUCGCUGGUCGGGGUUCAUACUUUUCAAUAAUCUUCUCGUCAUCCAUCCACUCAGUAUGAAGGACCACGAUCAGUUCAAACUCAGACCACUAUCUACCCCACGAUCCAUUCGACUAGUCGUGCUGCGCAGGAGCGCCGAAAAUGACUCCAUUGAAAACCCUCUCGGCGGUCAUCUCGUUGAAGUAGACGUAGAUUGUCCGCCCUCAUACGUUGCACUUUCUUACACCUGGGGAGGAGAGGAACCUUGCGAACCCCUCGUAAUUCAUAAUUCCGGACGUGCUAAGCAGCAGCUAUUGAUAACUCCCAAUUGCGCGGCAGCGUUGAGAUUGCUACGCCGGUCCCUUCGCCGCAAAACAAAAAAACGUCGAAGCUUGAGUGUCUGGAUAGACGCCAUCUGCAUCGACCAAGCGUCCGAUGAUGAACGCAAUGCUCAAGUCGCCAUGAUGGCCGAGAUCUAUCAGCGCUCCAAGACUGUAGUUGUCUGGCUUGGGCAGGACCACGCACCGACGACUUGGGGCAGCUUGGCAUGCUCAAAGCCUCUGGCAUUGUUCCCACGCCUCAGUUACGAUCGCGGCCGUAACGAUGGAGUCAAGAGCUUUGCGGCCAGAAUCGCUCUCAAAGUCUGCAACAACGACACGCUGCACCGCUUGAGACUGUCACCCUACUGGACCCGUGUAUGGACACUCCAGGAAUUUGCGCACAAGAACUCCGCCGUCUUAUGCCGCGACUCCCGACUCUUCGUCUUCUCGAGCCUUGCGCGUCUCCUAGCCGUAGCACCCAAAGAUGAGAGCGUGCCGAGCCAGCAGGGAAUGGACCUACAUGUAGACCUCUACGAAUGGCAAGCAAUGGCAACAACACGCCCGUUCCGCGCGGCAACGAACCAACUACGCCGCGUCCUCACAAUGCAGGCUUCGGAGCCGCGAGACAAAAUCUUUGCGCUGCGGGCGCUGUCUCCGGGAGUGCUCGGGAAGAUGACGGUCGAUUACCGUAAACCCGUGGGAGAGGUUUUUCUGGACGCCACGAGACUCAUGGUUGAGGAAGAGCAUAGCUUGCGGGUGCUGUACUUUUCGAACCGGAAGAAGACGACUGCUGGUGUUGCGUGGGAGAGUAUGCCCUCGUGGACUGUCGACUUUGCGACUACGGACUCUGAGGUAAGGGGGUCGUAUAAAUACUACUACACCAGUCUCUGCGCGGCUUCUGGUGGUGCCAAGUCGCAUUUUUCGUUCUCCGGCGACGGAAAGAGGCUUACACUUCGAGGAGUGUGUGUAGGGAGAGUAGGCAGUUUUGUGAGCGAUAUAUUCCCCACCAAGAGCCAAUGUGUUGAAGGAAGAUGUGUUGCCGAUCACAAGGACAUGACGGAUAAAGACGACGAGAGCGAGGUCAAGCAUCCCUUCUCUCACGAUUGCGAAAGUCCGUACAUGGAUGUACUCGGCUGCUUCAUGACGAGCGUGACGAGCACAGUAUGGGCCGGGCCAAAGCUGGAUGCCAUGGGCCGCAGUCUCUACGAGCUGCUAUGGUGGAUUAUUCAAAGGCCAAAGAAGUACGAAUGGUCGGCGUCCAUGUCAUCAACGUCAACAUCUUGCUCAUCUUCUUCAAACAAGGCGGUUCGAGGUAUGUCAGUCGUCUCCUCGCUCGUCAAGUGGGAUUCGCUGCACUGCGGGUGUCAGUGCAGAGUGGAACUACGAUUGGGACGAUUAUUCUACACUAUCGAUCGAAAGGCCGGAUUUGGAGUCGUUGGUGUUCGGGAAGGUGAUGCAGUUUGUCUUCUUGCUGGAAUGGAUCAUCCCUUCAUCUUGAGGCCUUGUAAAGGUGAAGCUGGGAGAUAUGAGAUAGUGGGACCAACGGUGUUUGCUGGCGCGAUGGGUGGUGAGAUGUGGCCAGCUGAUGAGGAUGAGCUAGAGUACUUUGAGAUUGUGUAAGAGAUUAUGUCCACGGUGUCGGAGUCCACGACGUACUCCAUCGAGUUUUCAAGACCGUGAAGGUGAGAACCAAUGUUAGGGUGUGAUCACACCGUUGUGC